AUGAAGAACAAACUCGAACGUGUAAGUAAGUUACAAGUCACGGACACAUACACGAGAUGGGGACGGUCUACUUGUCCUCCGGGAGCCACGACUGUUUACGACGGGUUUACUGCUGGGUCGCAUUACUCGCACAGUGGUGGAUCAGCUAAUCAAAUUUGUUUGUCUAAGAAGCUAAAAUAUCACUACCACUCUAAAAAAACCAAAGUUGCCGAAUACGAGACACAUAACAGUAUCUGGGACAAAUUGAAGGAACAUGAUAUACCAUGUACUGCUUGUCUUAUUCCUCGUACGAGCAUCAUCAUGAUUCCUAGAAGAUAUGAUUGCCCAGACAACUUUAAGUUAGAAUACGGGGGUUACCUGAUGGCUGGUCAUCAUACUCAUCAAGCAGGAACAGAAUAUUUAUGUUUCGAUGUUAUAUAA